GGACUUACACCGAGCUGGGCAAUUCUCCAGGUGUGCUUCCAGUCGAUGACUCGCUUGGAGAAACACCAAGACUCGUAAGCAAUCUUCACAGGAGAAUUAUGCUUCGCAAUGAACUCAGCGAGUCAGCGCAUGUCCUCGGCAGUCUUUUCUUCAGGCGCGGCGUUGGCCUCGGCAUAAUCGUUAGAUCCAACCUAAAGUACACUAACUGGUCAAACACGCAAUAUCUUGCGGACCGAAAGAUAUUACGUACUUGGAGCUGGUCGAUACCAAGCUCGGAACAGAGAGCAACCAAUUUUAAGCCUUUCGCCCGGCCCACUCAGCACAUUUAGAGCCCUGGGGACAUCCGUCAAACUGGUUGAGGCUGGAGGACGAGACAGGUCAUACCAUACUUGGCGACGAGCUUCUUGCAGCCUUCAGCCUUGGCGUAGAGUGUUUCCCCAAUAGUACUGUCAGAAGGGCCGAUCAAUGCUCGGCCAAUGCGACUCACGUUUAGCAAACUGCUCCUCGGUUUCAAAGAUAAAGACGCCAAGCUUCUCAAGUGGACUCGGAGUUGGCCAAGAAUCCUCACAGCUCCCCCAAGUGCCGAUAUCUUUUAUAUUGUCCGACUUACUGAGCCUCGAUAGUUGGUCAGGUAUGCGUCAUGCCAACGAGAAGAGUAACAGUCUCACAACAUUCUCCCAUCUCGCUGAGCAGAGGUGGCAGCAGGACGCAAUGCAUAGGUUACAAAAGAGAGCGCUAAGGAACAGACUUACCUUUAUCAUAGCCAGCUCGCACAUGCCCUUCUACUCGGUAUCAUGCCACCCAUUAUGCUUAUACUGCGCUGUGCUUCUAUAACAUCAUAUAUCUAACGUUUGCGCCGCCAUUGAAAGUCGAACAAAUGAGUCGGUGAAGUAGGCGAAAGUAAAGAUGGUAGUGAGGAUGAUGAGAGAAUAGGCAAGGGAGUGUGGAAGGUGGAGAACGAACAGCGGUGAACCUAUACAGUCGUUAGCAUUAUUGCAACCAGUGAAGAGAUAAACUAUCAGAUUCACGAUAGAAGAGACUGCGUAUAUGUGAGCGUUUUAUCUUGCUAGGAGGAUAAGUAUGGACUACCUGCAAAUUCCCCUCCGUCCACAGUGUAUACCCUGCACACCAACACCUACCUCUCGAUGCUCGAUGAUGGGUUCUUGGAGCCAAGAGUAUUUUUAUCGAAUGCAGGCCACAAGACAGACUCCGAGAAUAGGAGAGAAAGUCGCUAGAUGGGGAUGGAAGGGGAAGAGAUCAGCUCGGAAACGGGCGAAUGGCGAGCGGAUAGAGAGUAGGACAACAACAGAAUCAAUUAUGGAUGGGAAUGGAAGGACAGUGGAGUGGAAGGGAAUGGUGUUCGGGAAUUGUAUCUGCUUUGAUUUGUCAGCAGUGUAAUAUACUAUUAUUUACCCAGCUUCAAUUCGGCCCUAUGCCCACCUGCCCUAUUCAUCCCUACCGCAGCUGCAAUCUUGCAGCCCUUCUCG